UGUCAGACACAAGUUCGUUCGGUUCGUUCUUUAGUUCUUCCGUCCUUUCAUUACCUUCUUUCUAUAUCAGCAGCGGUCAAGUUGACCCUGCUUCAUAAUUGAAAAGGAAAUCUCAUUUUUGUGACUUAAUCUUCAUCGUCUUUUUAACAUCUACUAUGUCUGGAAAUUGGAACAAUAGCCGUGGUGGAAACGGUGGUUCCAAGUUUGGAAGCGGUGGCUCCAAAUUUGGUAAUGGUGGCUCUAAAUAUGGAGGAGGUGGGGGCGGUCGCUUUGGUUCUGGGGGAGGUUUUGGCGGCAAAAAGGAUUUUUCUGGAGGCCAGAACAUGCGACGCCCCAACUGGGAUUCCAUGACCCUGCAGCCCUUCAACAAAAAUUUUUACAACCCACAUGAAUCUGUACUGAACAGGUCCCCAUAUGAGGUCGAAUCGUACAGAAACCAGCAUGAGAUCACCAUCAGUGGAGUCGACGUUCCAAAUCCUAUUCAACAUUUUGAUGAAGCUAACUUCCCUGAUUAUGUAAAUCAAGGAAUAUCAACUAUGGGCUACAAAGAACCUACACCAAUUCAAGCCCAAGGAUGGCCCAUUGCUAUGUCUGGGAAAAAUUUAGUUGGGAUUGCUCAGACUGGAUCUGGUAAAACUUUAGCAUACAUAUUGCCUGCAAUUGUUCACAUAAAUAACCAACAACCUAUAAGACGUGGUGAUGGCCCCAUCGCUUUAGUACUGGCUCCUACUAGGGAGUUAGCACAACAGAUUCAGCAGGUGACUACUGAAUUUGGUAAUGCUGCAUAUGUACGCAACACUUGUGUGUUCGGAGGAGCACCAAAAAGAGAGCAGGCCCGUGAUCUCGAAAGAGGAGUGGAAAUUGUGAUUGCAACACCUGGCCGUUUAAUUGAUUUCUUAGAAAGAGGCACCACCAACCUUCAACGAUGCACUUACUUGGUCUUGGAUGAAGCUGACCGAAUGUUAGACAUGGGCUUUGAACCUCAAAUCAGAAAAAUCAUUGAACAGAUUCGCCCUGACAGACAAACCUUGAUGUGGUCAGCCACAUGGCCAAAGGAGGUCAGGAAGUUGGCUGAAGACUAUCUCGGAGAUUAUGUACAAAUUAACAUUGGAUCUUUACAACUGUCUGCCAAUCACAACAUCUUGCAAAUUGUAGAUGUAUGUCAGGAGCAUGAGAAAGAAAACAAAUUAAAUGUAUUACUUCAAGAAAUUGGUCAGAGUCAAGAACCUGGUGCCAAGACAAUUAUCUUUGUUGAGACCAAGAAGAAAGUUGAGAAUAUCACAAGGAACAUUAGAAGAUAUGGAUGGCCUGCUGUUUGCAUGCAUGGUGACAAAACACAGCAAGAGAGAGAUGAAACAUUGUAUCAGUUUAAGCAAGGCCGUGCCAGUAUUCUUGUUGCAACUGAUGUUGCAGCUAGAGGAUUAGAUGUGGAUGGCAUCAAAUAUGUAAUCAACUUUGACUAUCCAAAUUCAUCUGAGGAUUAUAUUCACCGCAUUGGCAGAACAGGCCGUUCAAAGACGAAAGGAACAUCAUAUGCUUUCUUCACACCCUCCAAUUCUCGCCAAGCUAAAGAUCUUGUCUCUGUCCUGCAAGAAGCCAAUCAGACUGUCAAUUCUCAAUUGCAAACGAUGGCUGACCGUUGUGGCGGAGGUGGAGGUGGCUGGAAUAGAAACAGAUACGGAGGUGGGCGCGGUGGAGGUGGCACCUUCAAGCGAGGCGGAAACUUUGGCAGAAGUAACGGGCAAGGCAACAAUGGACACAGGAGAUUUAAUGAUUAUUAAUGUAAUUCUUAAUACUAAUAGCAGAUAAUUAAAAAUCCUCAUAGGAAUACUUUGUGUGAAUGUGUAAUUAUAAUAUGGAACUCUUGUUUGCCUCUGGAAGUCUGUAUUUAUUUUAAUUUGGUUCAAAGGUUUCUAAACCAUUUUUUAUUUUAUGAUUUAAGUUUCAUUGCACUGUGAUAUAUUUUUAGCUGUGAUUCUUGUGAGGAUUAGCUAAAGUUUCUAUUUGAUCUAGGCUUUCCUAGUGUUUUAUGUAUCAAUUUGCAAUAUAUAUCAGAUUUUGUAAUUACAAAGCCCUACUUUUGCGACUUUCACAUUCUGAAGUUUCCGCAUUCCAUUGUUCCGUGAUCUAUAAAUAAACUAAUUCUAAGCA